AUGCCUCCUAAGAAUAAGAAAGAAGAGGAAGCAGCAAGAUUAGCAGAGGAAGAGAGGAAGAGACAAAUAGAAGAAUAAUUAAGAUAGGAAGAGGAGAGAAAAUAUGGAUGUGGUCGAUAUAGGACAAAGUAAUAGUUACAGAAUAUGUGAAGUAUGGGAUUGCCAAUUAGUCAAUAUAUAAUAAAUGAAGUAUUUCAAUAAGAGGAUGCGAGUAAUUUGAUAAAGGAAUAUUUGUGUAAGGUAGAAUAAUUAAUUGUGAAUUUAGAUUUUGGAGAGGAAUCAUUGUGAAAAAUUAAGAGACAUUGAUAUUGAAAUUGCAGGAGAAUAAUUGAUUAAUGAUUUUAAUGCUUGUUAAGAUUUUGGAUUUAAUGGAGAUCAAGCAUUAAUAUUCAUUAAUAUGAUGUUUUUAGUUUAUAUUAAUCAACAUGAAAAGUUUGGUAAAUUAGUAGAAGGGGGAUUAACAAGAGGUAAAUCAAUAUAAGGAGACAGAAAAUUAUUUUAAUAAUUGUUAUCACAACAUAGUACUGAUGGAUAAGGAUGUCAUAAAGUAUUUAUGGCUAAGUAAUUAUAACCAAUUAUAGAUUAUAUUGAAAAGGGUAUAUAAAUAAGAUCAAUUCUAAUAUAGGUUAUCUAUCUCAUUGGUUAUUGUUACAUUAAGCACAUUCUCAUAAUUAAAGACCUUUAGAAAUCCAAGUAGAUUUAUAAAUAGAAUUACCUUUACCACAACCUUCAUUAGAAGAUCAUACAUAUUACAAACCUAUUGUGAAUGAUGAUACUUAAUCUUUUAAGAAGACUGAGAUGGAAGAGUAAGAAAUAGAAUAUCAUGAACCUACAGAUGAAGAAUUAUUGGAUUCUGUUAUUAUGAAUGCUAUACAAGAUAAAUUGAGUUUAGCAUAAUAAGAAUUGGAAACAAGAUUGAAAGAUAGAUAAGUUGAGAUUGAGUCUAAACUUCAAGAAAUGGCAGCAGCAUUGACUAAGAAGAAAAAAUGA